AUGGAACUACUACCAGAAGGCAAGAAGAAUAAUAUUGAGGUGACCUUUGCUGAUCAACAAAAGAUCAAUGAGUUCUCCAAGCUGAUAAUGCGCAAGGAUGCUUUGGAAGCAGAGUUGAAGAAAGAGAGACAGGAGAAGGAAUACCUAGAGGAUGUUUCACUAGAAAUUGAACUUAUAGAUGAGGAUGAGGAAGUACAAUAUAAAAUGGGUGAGGUUUUUGUGUUUCUGAAACAGAGUAAAGUUGUUGAGCAACUCGAAAAGGAUACAGAGAUAAUAGACGAAAAGAUUUCUCAAUUGGAAAGUAAACAGGAUGAUUUGGAGGACAGAAUAAAAGAAUUGAAAACCUCUUUAUAUGCUAAAUUUGGUGACAAUAUCAAUUUAGAACGUUAA